UUGCUUUCGAACUUUGCUUCUUGUCGGCUGUUUCAUCUCGAACUCAAAACUAGGUUCUCGAUUCCUUCGUUCUUGGUGGUGGCACAGCGCUGCCUCUUCGCUUUUGCUGACACCAGACAAAGCGGUCUCGUACUCUUUACCCACAUUGCGCUCAUCUCAAUCAGAUAGCAAAUCAAUACGCCCAGACCACUCGGUGAGCGUAUUACGACCCUGACUAAACGGAUAUACUGUCAAAUGCGAGGAGCAGGAAUCAAUGGCGGUGAGUUCGUGGACACAGCUGACUGUGUCAAACAAUCGAACAGAUCGUCGUGGCUAUGCUGGGUUCGAAGGGCACAGUUUGUGUACUUUAGCGCAAAGGCUAGAAGCAUCGAAGCCGUAUCGCGUGGUCGGUGGGGAGCCGAUAACUAGGGCUCAUGACAGCAGCCAUCUUACGGCAUGCUCGUCUGGCACAUCUCAUGGUGGAAGAACCCAGCGAAUUCAUCGAACGCAACCAAUUCUCCCUCUUGCCCGGUCGCUCGAUGUGUCGCAAAUAGAAGCACUUCCCCACUCGUGCAGGAUUGCAGUGUCAGCACCACGAGGACAACGCCGGUUGGAUGGACUGUUUCAUAUAAAUAGGCAGAUGUGGUUCCGAAUCCUUCCUGAGGCAGAGCAGUCCGCUCUCAGUAUGGUUCGCUCAUCCACUUUCAACAUGGACGUCAUACGCGAGACUUCUGACCUCGAUAUUCCCAAUGGUCGGUGCAUAUAAGCUGACAUGGAUUGAAGGGUUAGAUGCCACACCCGGUUCUUUGGCGCGCACAGAAGUCCUGACUAAGCGGACCAUUGCUCUUGGC